AUGGAUCGGGCUGCGAUGACGGUUGGACCGGGCAUGGACAUGCCGAUCAUGCACGACAGCGACCGUUACGAUCUAGUCCGUGAUAUCGGGUCCGGAAAUUUCGGCGUUGCUAGGUUGAUGCAAGAUAAGCAGACUAAGGAGCUUGUUGCCGUCAAGUAUAUCGAACGUGGUGAUAAGAUAGAUGAAAAUGUGAAGAGGGAAAUCAUUAAUCACAGGUCUCUGAGACACCCUAACAUUGUUAGGUUUAAGGAGGUCAUUUUAACACCUACUCAUCUUGCCAUUGUAAUGGAGUAUGCAUCUGGAGGGGAACUUUUCGAGCGAAUCAGCAAUGCUGGGCAUUUUUCUGAGGACGAGGCUAGGUUCUUCUUUCAACAACUCAUAUCUGGGGUCAGCUACUGCCAUGCAAUGCAAGUAUGUCACCGGGACUUGAAGUUGGAAAAUACUCUGUUGGAUGGAAGCCCGACUCCCCGUCUCAAGAUAUGUGAUUUUGGUUACUCCAAGUCUUCAGUGCUUCAUUCACAACCAAAGUCAACUGUGGGAACUCCUGCAUAUAUUGCUCCAGAAGUGUUACUGAGGCAAGAGUAUGAUGGAAAGAUUGCAGAUGUUUGGUCUUGUGGAGUAACCUUAUAUGUGAUGCUAGUGGGAUCGUAUCCCUUUGAAGAUCCUAAUGAGCCAAAGGAUUUUCGGAAGACAAUACAGAGAGUACUCAGUGUCCAGUAUUCCAUUCCAGACACUGUUCAAAUAUCACCAGAGUGUCGCCACCUUAUCUCAAGGAUCUUUGUUUUUGACCCCGCAGAGAGAAUUACCAUGCCUGAGAUCUGGAAACAUAAAUGGUUUCUGACGAAUCUUCCCAUGGACCUGAUGGAUGAGAAGAUAAUGGGCAACCAAUUUGAAGAGCCUGAACAACCUAUGCAGAGCAUUGAUACAAUCAUGCAGAUAAUUUCAGAAGCUACUAUACCAGCAGCUGGAACCUGUUCUCUAGACCAGUUUAUGGCAGAUAACAUUGAUAUGGACGAUGAAUUUGAUGAGUUGGAAUAUGAAUCUGAGCUUGAUAUAGAUAGCAGUGGAGAAAUAGUGUAUGCCAUUUACUAG